AUGAAAGAGGCAGCGUAUGCUGAAGAACUGAAAAUUCUUGAAGACUUCAAAAACACCAAGAAUGAAUGGUAUGUGAAAGAAACAGGGAGAAGACGCAGAAAGGCCACUCCUAUUGUUCAAAAAGUUGAGGGAUCUUCUUCACAACCAAAGAAGAAGCAAAAUAAAGUUGCAAAAAUGUUAUUGGUUGAUGAACCUGAAGAAGAUGAAACAGUGGUAGCUGCGGAAGAAGAUCCGUUUAAUGUUGAAGAACAUUUGAUGUUCGAUACUGAAGUCUUAGAGACAGGGCCAACUGUGGAAGUUGAAGUUGAGCAUGUUGUGACUGUUGAAGCUCAGAAAGGGAAAGAUAAAGUUGUUGAUGACAUUGAGGGAGAUGAUGUUGAUAAAGACACAACGAGUUCCUCAAGUUCUUCAGAUGAAGAAAUAGUAGAUGAAACCGAACAUCGAAAAAGAAUCCAAGAAGAGAUAGAAAAAGAGAAACAACUGAGGAAAAGAAAGAGACAGGAAAAGGACGAUGAUGAUGUUUAUGUUCCUUCUCCAGAACAUGUCUCCGAAUCACAAUAUCCUCCAGGAGAUUUUGAUUUCGCAAAUACCUCACAAGUAAAGAAUGUUGAAAAGAAGGUUGAUGAAGUGAUUGCUGAGAACAAGAAGUUAGCCGUUGAAAACAAGAAAGUUAUAGAUCGUGAAAGAAUUCUAGAAAUGCGUGUGAAGAGGUUGGAGAAUGAUAACAAAGAGUUGGUGAAAAAGAUUGAUUCUGAUCAGUCAGAGAUAGACAUCUUGAAGGUGAGAGUUGCUGAGCUUGAGGAAGAAAAGGCUCGACAUGAUGAACAAAAUGAAUACUUCAAGUAG